AAAGGUACGUAAAUGGCCACAACUCUAAAAACACUUAACCAGCAUGAAUUGCAUGGCCCACGAUUUCAAUUUUACUGCCUGAGAAAGAAUUAGAGAAAGCUGAGAACUUUCUCUUCUCUUCACAAGAAUUAUUCUUCUGUGCAGAGUCUGUCAUGCUUGAAGAGCCACUUAUGGAGACAGGAGAAGGAAUGAAUGAAGAAUCAGCAGAACCUUCCACAUGGGAGAAAAUAUCCAACUGGACGACUCAGGCUCUCGCAGCAUACAAAAGAAAACCAAUUUCACAUUGGAUUCUUCUACUUUUAAGCAUUGGAGGAAUGCUGGUGGCAUUUCCUGCUUCAAGUCUUCUAUCUCGUGUUUAUUAUGCAAAUGGGGGUACAAGCAAGUGGAUUAUUUCAUGGGUUGCAGUUGCUGGGUGGCCUUUAACUGUUUUAAUUUUGUUUCCUACUUACUUCUUUUGUAAAACUUUCCCUACUCCUUUGACCUUACAGCUUGUUCUUUCUUACAUUGUGUUGGGUUUCUUAACUGCUGCUGACAACUUGAUGUUUGCCUAUGCCUAUGCAUACCUUCCGGCAUCAACUGCCUCUCUCCUGGCUUCAUCAUCUCUGGUAUUCUCUGCUCUUUGUGGGUAUUUUAUUGUGAACAACAAACUUAAUGCUUCAAUGAUAAAUGCUAUUGUGAUAAUUACUGCUGCUAUGACAAUAAUUGCAUUGGAUUCAGAUUCUGACCGAUAUGAUAAUAUCAGUGACCGUCAAUAUAUAAUAGGUUUUAUAUGGGAUAUAUUAGGAUCUGCUCUUCACGGGCUUAUCUUCGCUCUUUCCGAGUUAAUUUUCGUUAAGUUAUUGGGAAGAAUGUCCUUUCACGUUGUAUUGGAGCAGCAGGUCAUGGUUUCUUUAUUUGGUUGUAUAUUUACUACAAUUGGGGUGAUUGUGAAAAAAGAUUUUCAAGGAAUGGCAUCUGAGGCUAGAAAUUUCAAAGGCGGUGAGGCUUCAUAUAUCCUGGUUCUUGUCUGGGGUGCCAUUACUUUUCAAUUAGGGGUUCUGGGAAGCACUGGUGUGCUUUAUUUGGCUUCUACUGUUAUGGCUGGUGUUCUUAAUGCAGUGAGGGUUCCACUCACAAGCAUCGCUGCUGUUAUUUUGUUGCAUGAUCCUAUGAGUGGUUUCAAGAUUCUCUCUUUAAUCAUUACAGUCUGGGGAUUCGGUUCCUACAUCUACGGCAGUUCCACUUCCAGAAAAGUUUCUUCGUCAUAGCUUGCUGGUAGGUUCCUGCUGUAUUUUCUGCUCUCUUUGAUAUAUAAAUGCUUGGAACAAUUUGCAUGUAUUUACAUUCAGAAAUGUAUUCUAAUUUCUGAAAUAAUACUGUUACAGACAAAGCAAAUAUAUUGCCUGUUUCCAGAUGCUGGAACUUACUGUUAGGAUUAGUUUAUUCCAUACAGUUAGAAACCUGUAUUACUUUUCUCAAAUAAUUCCAUAGUCUAUUUUGUGCAA